AAUGUCAAAUUUUGUCAACCCAAGCCCAAGCUGCGUUUGUUUCAAUAAAGAAUAAAAUUAAAUUUAUAAAUAAAACUUUAAAAACUUAACGAAAAAUGGCUGAUAAGCCGCCAGAAGAAGGAUACAUAUCAGUAGUUGAUGAUGAACCGGAAAUAUUUGAACUGCUGAAGUGGGAUUCGUCGCAAACACACAAACAACAUGAGACAAACACUUUGGAAAAAGCAAAAACUCCAGAGAAAAAACUUUCCAAGGCAAAAGAGGAUGUCGAUCCGUUUGAUUUGAGUGAUCCCGCGUUUAUUGAAACUUAUCGUCUCUCUAAAGAUUUGGCGCGCGGACUUUGUGAGGAGUUAAAACCCGUUAUGCCGGACUCCACGAAAUCUAUUGAGUUUUCUGUUGAAUGUAAAGUUAUGGCAGCUCUAACAUUCUUUGCAUCAGGGAAGUACCAGAAGUCACUAGCUGGGAAGACGGACCCCAGUAUCACACAGUACUUUGUGUCUACAGCAGUAAUGCAAGUCACCGAGGCUAUGAACCAUCCAUCCAUUGUAAAGAAAUACAUACAUUUCCCACAUUUAAGGAAUGAGAGAGAUAUUAUCAAGACCAGUUUCUACAUGAAGUAUGGCAUGCCAAAUGUGGUUGGGUGCAUAGACUGUACACAUGUACCCAUCUCCCGCCCCGAGGAAGACCAUAAGAGGCAUUUCAAUAAAUCAUUCCAUUCCAAGAAAGUUCAGAUUAUCUGUGAUAGUGAUUUAAACAUUAUAAGUGUAGAAGGUAAACUUGGUGGGUCAUAUUCACAUGAUGCCAUCUUAAACCAACAUGCCGUCAGGAUAGAUCUGGAGAGCUUGAAUAACUCCGGAGAACAGUGCUGGCUUGUUGGUAGUGCUCAUUACUCUCAGAAGCCAUAUCUUAUGACACCGAUCCCCAAGAUAACAAAAAAAUCCCCCGUAUCUCCGGAGAAGUAUUACACAAACAUGCACAGUCAGACACAACAAGUUGUUACAGACACAAUAAAACAUUUAAAAUCAAGAUGGAAAUGUCUUCAAGCAACAUGUAACAAACAAUUUGACCCACAAACUGUCACAAAGUUGAUUGUAGCUUGUUGUGUUCUCCAUAAUAUUGCAAAUAGAAGAGGUCUUCCAGUUGUCCCGAUGACACCAGCUGAAGAAAGACUAGAAGCGAUGAAACAGAAAGUUGCGAACACACCAAUAUCGAGAAAACGUGUUGAAGAUCCAAUCGGAGUGCAAGCUCGUACUAUGUUACUCGAUAGAUUAUGGAAUGAACGUCGUAUAGCGCCUGAAUCUUGUAACAAUGGUCCUAAAAAGAGACAGAAGAAGGAUAAAGUGGUGGUGGAAACUAUGCCUCCAGUGAUGCCACAUCCUCAAAUGAUGCAGCCACAAAUGCAACAUGAUGAUCCGAGUAAGCGGCCGAGGAUUGUGAUGAAUAACCCCACAUACAGUUUUGGUAUGGCUCCUGGAUGGGGACACUAUCCACAACAUUAGGUGUUACAAGGUAGGCAGGAAUAUAGAAAUUUGUACAAUUAUUGCGCUGAGUUCAGUUUGUAAUAUUUGAGAAAAAUUCAUUAGAAGCAAUCCUGUGCUUUGUCUGAUAAUUGUGUGCCGGCAGCUUAAAUUUUGUCCUCUUCACCUCUCAACCCUAAUCUUAUAAUUAAGUGAUGGGAAGAGAGGUUGGAUUUGGCAGAAGAAGGGACCUAUAGGAAGGGAAACUUGUCUGUGUAUUAACAAAUCAGAUGUAUAUGGGCAAUCGUUACUUCGCUGUUUUGGCGAAUUUAAGUGGCCGUUUGCCUGUUUAUUAUAGAAAAAGAAAAUAAUUAAAUACUCAAUAAAUUCGGUAUUUACCUAAUUGUUCAGAGCUAAAAUUACUCAAUAUUAGUUUCUUAGGAAGUUGUAUUUUGUAAACUUUUACUUUCUAAGUAUUGAUAGAAAUAAUUGAAUAAUUAUGUAAGUUUGGGUGAUAAUUGGGAUCUCUAAAGCAAUAUAAUAAAGAGCGUCGGUGGCUCAGUGGUUAAAUCACUUGACUUGUAAUCUGCGGCUCUUGGGUUCAAAUCCCGACAA